CCCCUCGUUUGCGCUCGCAGUUGCCCGGAGACCAGAGAGGAGUCCUGUCUGUUGACACUCUGAGCCGCUGCGACUUCCACCGCACUUCUCCCGCUGACUCACGGACUACCUCGGCGACCGAGACACAGCCAUGGACGAAAUGGAGGAAGAGUUGAAGUGUCCCGUGUGUGGAUCUUUCUUCCGGGAGCCCAUCAUACUGCCAUGCACCCACAACCUUUGCCUGGCAUGCGCGCGGAAUAUCCUCGUUCAGACCCCUGACGCGGAAUCUCCCCAGAGCAGCCGAGCGUCCGGCUCCGGCGUGUCCGACUAUGACUACCUGGACCUGGACAAGAUGAGCCUGUACAGCGAGGCGGACAGCGGAUACGGCUCCUACGGGGGCUUCGUCAGCGCGCCCACCACCCCGUGCCAGAAGUCCCCCAACGGGGUGCGUGUUUUCCCUCCGACGGUGCCCCAGCCCCCGGCCCCACAGCAGCACCACCUGCUGCAACUGCAGCCCGGCUCCCAGCCUCCCAUCCCUCGCAACUCCUGCCUCACCUGCCCGCAGUGCCACCGCAGCCUCGUCCUGGACGAGCGGGGGCUCCGCGGCUUCGCGAGGAACCGCGUCCUGGAGGGGGUGGUGGACCGCUACCAGCAGGGCAGAGCCGCGGCGCUCAAGUGUCAGCUGUGCGAGAAGAGCCCCAAGGAGGCCACGGUGAUGUGCGAGCAGUGCGACGUCUUCUACUGCGACGCGUGCCGCCUGCGGUGCCACCCCCCGCGCGGGCCCCUGGCCAAGCACCGGCUGGUCCCCCCCGCGCAGGGCUGCAUCAGCCGCCGCGCGAGCCCCCGCAAGACAUCCACGUGCACGGAGCACGAGCUGGAGAACAUGAGCAUGUACUGCGUGCAGUGCAAGAUGCCCGUGUGCUACCAGUGUCUGGAGGAGGGCAAGCACGGCACGCACGAGGUCAAAGCCCUGGGCGCCAUGUGGAAGCUGCAUAAGGGCCAGCUCUCCCAGGCGCUGACAGGCCUGUCGGACCGCGCCUCGGAGGCCAAGGAGUUCCUGGUCCAGCUGAAGAACAUGGUGCAGCACAUCCAGGAGAACGGGGUGGAGUUCGAGGCGUGUUUGGUGGCGCAGUGCGACGCCCUCAUCGACGCCCUGAAUCGCCGGAAGGCCCAGCUGCUGUCCCGUGUCAACAAGGAGCACGAACACAAGCUGAAGCCCGCCGCGGGGCAACCGGGGCCCACACCGAGCCCCGAACAUACAGAACCCGGGAUCGGCUCCUCGCCACCGCGAUGUAUGGUUGUUUCUCCUUCUUCUGACAAAUGUACUGAUAGUAAAUCGCUAACGCCCUCGAUGCGUGUGUCUCCACAGGAGGUGUACGUGGGGAACGAGACCAUCUGCACGGUGGACGGCCUGCACUACCACAGCACCUACAAGUCCCGGGUGAAGGCCUUCAACGCCAGCGGCCUGGGCCAGUACAGCAAGACGCUGCUGCUGCAGACCUCCGAGACUGGACUCCCACCUUGCGACAUGGAGUCAGUCGCCUGGUUCACCUUCGACCCCGCCUCGGCCCACCCCGACAUCCUGUUCUCCAACGACAACCUGACGGUGACCUGCAACAGCUACGACGACCGCGUGGUCCUGGGAGGCUCCGCCUUCUCCCGCGGCGUCCACUACUGGGAGAUGACGGUGGAUCGCUACGACAACCACCCCGACCCCGCCUUCGGCGUUGCCCGCGGCGACGUGCUGAAGGACGUGAUGCUGGGGAAGGACGACAAGGCGUGGGCCAUGUACGUCGACAACAACCGCUCCUGGUUCAUGCACAACAACUCGCACACCAACAGGACGGACGGUGGCAUCGCUAAGGGCGCCACGAUAGGCGUGCUGCUGGACUUCACCUGCGGCCUCCUCAUCUUCCUCAUCAACGACGAGCAGCAGGGGCCCGUCGCCUUCGAGGGCCUGGAGGGGCCCUACUACCCAGCCAUUAGUCUGAACCGCAACGUUCAGGUGACCCUCCACACCGGUCUCCCCAUUCCUGACUUCUACACCCCUGGGGAAGCCGACCCCAACGGUUCUGAGUGUUGAGGCAAGCCCCCCCACCCCCUCCUCCCCCACUCUCCCCCCUGACCAAAACUCUCCCUUAUUCAGCUCUGAGCCACAUCCUCAAUACAACUUACCCCCCUCCCUCUAGACUGGACGACAUGUCCUCAGCCAUUUUGUACUGUGUAUAUGAAGAAGAGGAGGAUGAAGAGGGGGAGACCUGAGACCACCACGGACACUUGCCUCAGACAAGCGGACCUGGAAUGGGUGUGACGAUAAGUCGCUGGUGGGUGUGUGUUGAGCCUCCUGGUGGGAGAGGUGUUUAUUGUACUCAGAUAAAGCCAUGAAAGAUGUGAUAGUUCAGUGAAGGCACACACACACACACACACACACACACACACACACACACACACACACACACACACACACACACACACACAUGUACACAUAUAUACACAUACAAACACACAAACACACACACACACACGCACACAAACACACUUAAUUAAUGAUCUAUUCAUCUACCAUUUCACCCAAUCUUACAAUGUCACGCUGCAUUUUGGACACAAGGAAGCGCUGGUGUUCAAUGAAAAUUGCCUAUUUGAUAUACAGCGGCAGUGAUUUCUCGUAGAGAGAGCAAUAGUUCGACUCUCGACUGUACUAGCGGCUUUUAUCCUCACCGGUGUAAAUGCAAUGCUAUUUAGUGGCUUAGCUUCUGUAAACCCUUAUUUUUUGUAAAAUACAGCAUCAAUGUAUAAAAGCAACUAAAUUGAGGCCUUUAUGCAGCCUUUUGACUCAGCACAGCGCUCUCUCAAAAGAGCAGACUUCAAUUUUGGGUGUUAUACUAUACAACUAUUCUGCCAAUUAUUACCCAUGUGCUUUUGAGCAAGAAAGCAUCGUGAAUUAAUUAUAGGAUGCUGGAUGUACUACGCGGUGCUGCCGCUAGGUGGUGCUGGUUGUUUUGCUGUAGGUGAGUCGAGCCGCUAGUUUUGUACUGUAAUUGAAAAGGUCCGUAGGAGGGGAAAAUGUGUAUAGUUUUACAUAAGUUAUUGAUGUUAUGUUAAGUUAUUUUUUAACUAAACUUUUAUCAUUGAUUGUUUCAGAUUAAGGCAUAGCUGUACAAUUGAAAAUCGUGAAAUUUGUCUGAUGAAAUGUUUGGAAUGUGUUGCUCAGACAGAGAUUUAUAGAGUUUCUUUAUAAAUGGCUCUAUUGUUGCUGAAUCAGAGAGGACGGAUUUAAGCGAAAAGAAGACGACCCUCUUUUCCUUCAAAUCCCUCAAAUGUAAGGCGAUAAAGCAACUGUGAGGUAAAUACAUGUAAUCUUUUAUGGUGAUUAUUUCAUGAAUCGAGCUCCCCUAAAAACCUACCAAACGCUUACCAUAGCCAUCUUUAACCCUAAUGCCAAAUCCUAAUGAUAUUGAACGCAAUAUACCUAAACACGACCACUUACGUGCAUAAUCACCGCAAAAGUACAGUUCCUCUCCCUUGCUGCUGGCCAUAGAGGUGUAUGAACGGGGGUCUCUGUGUUUCCCACGUGUACAUAUCUGGCUGUUCUUAAAGGUGCUACUAUGCUUGUGGGUGUGCCUUCCCCCUCUCCGAGUGAUCACUAACCCCCACCUUACUGCUACAUGAUCACGAGUCCAUACCGAGUCUGUACCGAAGUCAGAAGUCAAUCCCCUUUCCACCUGUGGAAUGUGCAUUCAGAAUAGUCAUUAAUAGCAUUCCGUCCGCCUUGGAGUCGAAAUAACAAACACCUGCUUUAUUUUAAUAUUUGCUAAAUGCCCGAAAUGUAAAUUCAUUUGCAUUCUCGGUCUGUGUAACCCUGUUAGAGGUAACAUUUAGAGACACUGAAUGCUUCAGAAAUAAUAUUUUGCUGGUUGCAGCAGCCCUGAUCCAGAAUACAUAUAUAAAAAUGAUAUUUUAAAACUUCACAUCUGAUGCAAACUUCUCUUUAUAGUCUAUUAUUGGAUAGGAUAGGUGAUCCAGUAUGUUUAUUUUUCUAUGUCUGGCCAUUAUUCAAAGACUAAAUUAAAGUACAAAAGCACAAGCCCUCCUAACCCCGCCAUCCUCAUUGAACCAUCGCGAGAGCAACGUUCUUUACUUCAUUGAAGACGUACAAGCACAGCCUUUUUCGCGAGGUUGAAAACCACUCAGUUCCCAGGACCAUCGGGGAGGUCCUGCAUAGCUAAGCAAUUUGCAUCCCAUCCAUACGACGGAUGUCGUGGACAGCACACCUUUCUGUACAUUUUUCAUAAACAAAAACUGUUAUUGUGUGAUGUGUGAGUUGCCUACAAGUACCACGAACACGUGUUGUCAAAUGCUAGACAAACUAUUUUUCAAGAGUUGAAAUGCGUUAUUUGCAGUCGUUUCUUACGCUUUACUUUUUUUGUGCAUUUGAUCCUACAGCCUCGUAGAUGCUUAACAUAAUUGCAUUAAUUAUAAGUAAAUGGAAACAGUACAAAGUCGCUGGGCGACGAAGAGUUAUCGUUUCAAGAAAGUUCAUUGGAUAUUUUCAUUCUCUUUUCGACUCCAAAGUAAAUGUUUUUGCCAAGUUUGAUGGUCAACGAACAUAUGCUAUUAAUGAAUGUCCUAUUUACAUUAUACAUACCCACAUAUGUCUAUGGAGAUUUUUAUGAUUAUAAACAUGAACAAUUCUUAUUCAUAUGAUUUGGAAGCAAACUAUUAGCACUAUUAUGAUUAUUUCAAGUGUAAUAUAAGCUUGGGUGUUUUUUCCUGUAUGUCUGAAAAUUCAAUAAAUUGGUGUCGACAUAGAGCUGA